AUGAGCGACUUCGCAUUCUGCCCCAGCAAGCUCAUGCGGCGGUCCGCGUUCGAUAGCACGAAGGAGACGCUGCGGAGCUUCAAGUCCUGGGAUACAUGUAUGGAUAACCGAGUUUGCAAGAUUGUGGCUAUAGUGGGCAUUGUGUUAGCGUCAAUUGUGGCUAUCUGGAUAGUGGGGUCGUUACUCCGGUGCUUUAUGCGGGGCGUGAGCGGGAUCUGCGACUUCUUGUGCUGGCCGUGCUGCUGCUAUAGACGGCACCGCCAGCGGCGGCGCGAGGAGAAGCAGCGUGCACAAGUAUAUGCUCCGCCGCCACAAGUGGUAUACCAGCCCGUAGUAACGCCGGAGGCCGCGCGGUACUACGGCAAGGACGAGUACUACAGCGAGCGCAAGAAGGGCUUUUCGAGCAGCAGCAACGAGUCUUACGAUCUCGAGGCGCAGAAGGCGGGGGGCAGUCGGGGCCGCUACGGCAAACGAGGGGCUGUGCACGACGAAGACGUCAACCAGUACGAGGAACGGCUGUGGGGAACUCAGCGUAAGACGCCGCCGGCGCAGCGUCAGGCACCAUACCCCGUAGAUUCGUCCGCAAGCCCGUAUGGCCACUACAACCGUAUCUGA